AUGCUGACACGGCUGACACGACAUACGCUCGCAACGGCCACAUGGCAGCAAACGGUCAUCGACGAGGCCACAGUUGUCGGUCUUCCCGACCAACAUCCAAACACUGAGCAGUACUUCGCCAUGGCAUCGGAAACGCAUAUACGACACACACUGGACGCUGGCAGCCGAUCAACCCUACUACAAGUCAUCAUCGCCGCUGUCAUUCUCGCUCUUGCAUACUAUCUCCUCACUGGUGACCGACCGUACGCAGGAAUACCGGUCGUCAAGCCCCAAUGCAAGGGUUUGGUAGCCUGGCUCCCCGCCAAGUAUGCAUUCAUGCUGGACUCACGAGCGCUGUUCCAAAGAGGUCGCAAGGAGCACAGCGGCUGUUUCCAGAUCGCCGCAGCUGGAGGCUACAAAGUCAUUAUACCAACUCGCUUCGUCGAAGAGGUCAAGAGUCACCCGGACCUUUCCUUCACCGAGGCUAAUGCGCACGACUUCUUCGUGAAGUACCCAGGCUUCGAGGGCUUUGAUUCUGACCGCGCUCACGAACUUCUGAUGGACAUGAUCAAAUGGAAGCUCACACCAAGCUCGGACUUGAUCACGCAGGGUCUGAUUGAAGAGACGAACGACUCGUAUCAUGUCAAUAUGGGUGAACCUGUUGAGUGGCAGACUAUUCCAUUACGACAGCAGGUUUGUGAUACUGUCGCUAGACUGUCGGCCAGGAUCUUCUUGGGCCAAAGAUUCUCGCGCAAUCCUGAAUGGGUACAAAUAUCGAAAGAAUACGCCAUAAAUGGCUUCGUCAGCCGCACGAUACUUCAUUUGUUCCCGAAACCGCUUCAACCCGCUGCUUCAUGGGUGCUUCCAACGACUCGUAAGCUUCGCAACAGCAGCCGUAGAGUCAGGCAGAUGAUUGAGCCAGAGGUCCAACGCAGACAACAAGACAUCCAAGAAGCGGAACAGGCUGGAAGGAAGCCAGAAUUCGACGACUCCAUCUGCUGGCUGCUUGAGGUUGCCAAAGGACGGCCAUGCGAUCAUGCUGCUGCUCAGCUUAGCUUGAGUCUAGCAAGCAUCCACACUACAACAGAGAUACUCUCGCAGACCAUUGUACAGCUUUGCGACACCCCGGAAUUUGUGCCGCCGCUCCGGCAGGAAGUCAUCGAUAUCCUGCGCGAAGUUGGCUGGGGUCGAACAACGCUUUCGAGGAUGAGACUCAUGGACAGUUUCCUGAAAGAGACCUUACGAACACGAGAUACUCCUGCGACCAUGCUGCGGAUGUGCACGAAGCCUGUCACGCUGUCCGAUGGCACCAAGUUGCCCAAGGGCGCUCUUCUCAUGGUGCUCAACGAAAGCGCAAGAGAUCCUGCAGUCUACGAUGAACCUGACAAGUUCGACGCCUACCGUUACUUGAGAAUGCGUUCAAAAGAGGGCGAGGAGAACCGUCAUCAGUUUACAUCCACAUCUGCGGACAACCUUGGCUUUUCGCAUGGGACGCACGCUUGUCCUGGCCGCUUUUUUGCCUCGAAUGAGCUCAAGAUUGCGUUAUGUUUCCUCUUGCUCAAGUACGAUGUUCGCUUCGUGCCUGGCGAAAGCAGGCCGAAGAUGAUGGCUUUCGAGCAGAACCAUACUAUGCCGCCGAGUGUCAAGGUGCAGAUCAGGCGGAGACAAGAGGAAGUGAAUUUGUUGUCGCCGAAGGCGAAGUAG